CGAAUGGCCCGUAGUUCCACAUUCGUACCGGGACCCGCGAGUCGCAUUGAGCGCCCCUCUCGCAUACAUCGGAAAACUUUGCCAGCCUUCAGGAAGCGGGCCUUUUAAAUUUCGCUUCUUUAGAACACUUUAGUUGUGAUUACAUGUCGUCUAAUGUGUAAAACAUCGUGUAUUAUCGCCGAAAUGAGGUGGGCAGCGGUUAUAGUAUUGUUCAGCUUAGUUUUUACAGUGGUAACAGCUGAAGAUAGUGAUGACGCACCCAGUCUUCGAGUUUUAGCACGAUCGUCUGUGUACAAUGCCGGGGAGAAGAAAGCUAUUUACUGCAAGGGAAAAAAUCUUCAACAGAACUUAGAAUGGUAUUCGCCCUCCGGCCAGGCCGUCGAGGGUCGAUCUACCACAAACACCAGGGUAUACGUGGAGAGGCAGAAGAACGACAGCCUUCUCCCUCUCAUCAUUCACAGCCUAAAGAUCGAAGACAGCGGCAACUGGACUUGUAAAGCUGGCGAGCUCAAUGAAACUAUUGAGAUUCUAGUAGGAGAAAGAGUCAAUAUUACCAAUCGCUUUGAGAGCUUUGAAGGAGAAGAAGGCAAAUCGGUGAAGCUAAACUGUGAAGCAAAAGGGAAACCACAACCUGUUGUGCAAUGGUACAAAGAUAUACAAGUGUUAUCUGAUAAAUCUAAGAAGUAUGUUGUGAGGAAGAUCAGGGAUAACUAUCAACUAGAGAUAAAAGAACUUAAUCACAGAGACACUGGUGAAUAUGUGUGCAAAGUUACACAAAACUCUCUGCGAUAUUACACCGACAAAAGAGUACAGCUCACCGUUCAGCAUAAACCAAUUAUGUUUAACAGUGAUACAGAAGAAAUUUAUCCAACAUCAACUUACAGAACAGAGGAAGUGUACGCAAUUUUAAAUGAAACUAAAAACAUUUCGUGCAGUGCAAUUGCUCACCCAGUUCCCACGUUUCGUUGGUUCAGACGAUAUGAAAAUGGAUUUGAAGAGCCUAUUGAAGACGAAGACAUGGUGGUGACGUCACCCCGCGGCAAUGUCUCUAUUCUAGUGCUCAGGAUGCACAAUGAAACUAUUUACGGAGAGUACAAAUGCACUGCGAAAAAUCCAAAAGGAGAAGCUUCGAUUGUAUUCCACGUUACUGAAGGCAAUAAACCAAAUCCUCCUGAUGAAGUUGGCGUGUACGCGUCCAAUGUGAGCACAAUAACGUUCAACGUGACCUGCUUCACUUGCAAUAUGGAUUUUGAAUCCGAAAAAGCUCCCGAUCCAGAAAACCUUGUUGUUAUUGGUUAUUCAUUUGAGCUAGUACCGGAACGAGAGGGUUACCCACCUGAAUGGGACACAGCCUCGUUGUUCGAUAUCGACAUUGAAAAUGCCAAUGAAACGUUGUUUACGGUUGGCCCUCUGCCAAACAGCACCACCUUCCACGCUCGAGUGCGGACGCGAAAUGCAGCCGGCCACUCGGAAUGGGUGGACAUCAUCUCCGCUGAUAUUAAAACCACGGACAAAGCUAUCAAAUUCAUUGCUUCACUAACAUUGCUCAUCGCAUCUCUUCUAGCCAUUGCCAAUAUUUAAAAUGUUAAUAUUUUCUUAACAGUUUCUUUAAGCAGUUAUUUUUUGACACAUUCAGCGU